UUACUACAACUGCAGGGAAUACUGCCUUAUGGUUCUUCUAGAGUCUGCAGAGGGGCCAUUCACGGUCACAUGCAAAGGGAAGGUGCCAAGAACCCGGGGCUGCCGAGCUCCUCACCUCAUCUGAACAAGGAGGUGACGUGAAACUGGGGCACUUGCUGCUGGUGCCCCGGGCUUGGGUCUCCAUACCGCACACUGCAUUGCUUUUCCUCUCCAGGGUGAGGUUCCCCUGUGUUCUCUUUCCCAUGCCUCUGCAUCCUUAACAAACACGCCUUCCGACUCUCCGGGUAGCAGUCCCCUUUGACAGUUGAGAAGACUUAGGGUGUGGUACAGGUUGAUGUCCUAAUACCACCCUGUUCUUUCCUACCCAGAGUGGGGUCUUCGGACCUCAGUUUCUCUGUCCCCAGUGAUUGUCCAAUGAAGAAGUGGGUAUAGUUUCCCCGGAGAGACUCUUAUUUACCCCCAGCAAGUGGUGGGAAGAGAAUGUCUGAAGAGUCCCGGACAGCUUACUCCCAGGGAUGGAUGCUCACUGUCUUUGGCCCCCAAGGUGACAGCAUCGGCCAGUGGGUAUCAGAAUGCCUUCCCUCCUGACAAAGACACUUCCUUGCGGAGUUCCAGUUCUGAAUCUUUGUCUUUAGGGUGCCCUCCCCAAGCUCAGCUCCUUCUCCAGGGCCUGAAAGCUUCAGAAAUUAGGGGGGAAAUUAGGGAGGAAGAAGUAUCCCAUAAUCAGGCCUGGAGGAGGGAGGAGCAUUUCCCUUACCUGAGGGUGCCCGCCUCUGCCCUUGUUUGCUCUGAGAUAGGCAGUCUCUCUCCUGCCCAGCACAAGGCAGCUGCCCUUCGGGUUUUCCUAGACCCUCACGUCCUCCAGACUUACCGACCACAGCACCAGGAGACAUGGCUUGGGCCCUGGUGGGGGCUUUCCUCUGCGGACCCUUGCUGGGCUUCCUGUGCCUGAGCGGGCUAGCCGUGGAGGUGACUGUGCCCGCUGAGCCACUGAGCAUGCCAAUGGGCAAGACAGCCGAGCUGAGCUGCAGUUACAAGACGUCGGUGGGAGACAGCUUCGCCUUGGAGUGGAGCUUUGUCCAGCCUGGGAGGCCCAUCUCCACAUCUCUUCCUAUUCUGUACUUCACCAAUGACCACCUGUAUCCCACCGGCUCCAAAGCAGAUCGGGCCAGCCUUCUCCACAACCCCCCCACAGGAGGAGUGGCUACCCUGAAACUGACUGACCUCCGCCCCUCAGACACUGGAACCUACCUCUGCAAUGUUAACAACCCACCAGACUUCUACACCAAUGGGUUGGGGUUAAUCAACCUUACUGUGCUGGUGCCCCCCAGUCACCCCCUAUGCAGCCACAGUGGGCAAACCUCUGUGGGAGGUUCCGCUGCCCUGAGAUGCAGCUCCUCUGAGGGAGCGCCCAAGCCAGUGUACAACUGGGUACGUCUUGGAUCUUUUCCUACACCUCCUCCUGGCAGCAUGGUUCAAGAUGAAGUGUCUGGCCAGCUCAUCCUCACCAACCUCUCCCUGACCUCCUCUGGCACCUACCGUUGUGUGGCCAGCAACCAGAUGGGCAGUGCCUCCUGCGAGCUGAACCUCUCAGUGACUGACUCAUCGGAAGGCCGAGUGGCCGGAACUCUGAUUGGGGUGCUCCUGGGUGUGCUGCUGCUGUCAGUGGCUGCAUUCUGCCUAAUCAGGUUCCAGAAAGAGAGGAAAAAGGAACCCAAGGAGACAUAUGGGGGAAGUGACCUUCGGGAGGAUGCCACGGCUCCUGGGGUUUCUGACCAAGCCUCUGUGAGGGCCGAUUCCAGCAAAGGGCUCCUGGAGAAGUCCCCAUCCACCAGCACCGUGACGACCAAGUCCAAACUCUCUAUGGUUGUCUGACUUCUGAUCCCUGAAGGGGUGGUGAGGGGGGGGGGGAUGUUAAUAAUUAAAG